AUGCGGGGCCCCUUCUCGCGGCCGCAGCAGCAACAGCAGCAGCAGCAGCAGCAGCAACAGCAGCAGCAGCAACAGAAAACGCACCCUUCGCCAGCUCUCCUCAGACAUGAAGGGCAGGGGGUGAAGCGUGAAGUGUAUACGCAGCCCCAGCCUUCUCCCUCUCUACCUGAGCUUCGCUUGGGGGGCCCCCAAGACCCCCUGCCGAGGCACCUGCUGCAGCCGCAGAUGCCUCAUGUUAAUCGGGGGCCCCCGGGGGGCCCCCUAGAGGGUUCAAACGACGAGGGGGGCCCCCCAAAGCCACACCAGUACCCUAUUGACUCUACCAGCAUCUUAAUGGCUCCCCACAGGCCCUCUCAAGAACAUAGCAAACAGAAAGGGGCAACGGGGGGCCCCCAGGGGGGCCCCCCUGGGGGCCCCCAAGGGGGGCCCCAUAGGGCCCAGUCGGGGGCCCUCGGGGAGGCUCAGGGGGGCCCCCAGGGUUCGAGCUGCUGCAGGCAGGUGAUGAGAGAGGAGGAACUGCUGCAGCUGCCUGUGCAGCAGGUGCUGCUGCUGCUGCCGCCUGCAGCAGCAGCAACAGUACGCGAGGCCCUGCAGCAGCUGCUGCAUCCUGGGGAGUAUAGAGAAGCAGCAGAACUAUCCCUUGACCGGAAAGGUUGCUGCUGCCGCUGCUGCUGCAGCAACAGCAGCAGCAGCAGCAGCAGCAGCAACAGCAACAGCAGCAGCAGCAGAGGAGCUCUGCUGCAGCAGCCCGAGAAUUGUGCAUUCUGUAAUACCAAGGAGGGCCCCCAGCAGCAGCAGCAGCAGCAGCAGCGGCAGCAGCAGCUUGGGGGCCCCCAGGCGCUGGGCGAGGCCCCCCUCCCCCAGUGGAGCUGGCAACCUUAUAAGCAGCAGCAGCAGCAGCAGCAGCAGCAACAGCAGCAGCAGCAGCAGCAGCAACAGCAGCAGAGAACGGAAUGCGAAGAAUCUCCAUUUCCAGGGCCGCAGGAUACUGAUGCUGCAGCAGCAACAGCAGCAACAGCAGCAACAGCAGCAGCAGCAGCAGCAGCAGCUGGUAUUGCUUCUUCUGGUGCUGCUGCUGGCUCAUACCAUAAGAACAGCAGCACCGAAUAUGAAAAUCAACAGCAGCAGCAGCAGCAGCAGCAGCAGCAACCGCAGCAGCAGCAGCAGUGCAUGCAUGCUGCAGCAGCAGCAGCUUGUGUCUCCUCUUCUAUCACCGCUCCCUCCCUAGGGGGCCCCCCUUCCUGGGGGCCCCCAUCAACCCCUUCUAAAGACUGUCGUCAGUACCCACAACACUCUACCGGUGGGGGCCCCCAGGGGGCCCCCCAGGGGGCCCCCUGGGGGGGCCCCCCCCUGGAGCUUCAGCUGCUGCAGCGGGGGAGACAGCAGCAGCUUGAAGGGGGGCCCCCAGAGGGGGAUGAGGCCUGCCGUGAGUGCAGCAGCAGCAGAGAAGCCCGCAGCAGCAGCAACGGCAGCAACAGCAGCAACUGCAAUCACAGCAGCAGCAGCAGCAGCAACAGCAGCAGCAGCAGCAGCAGCAGCAGCAGACGCAGCAGUAUGCCGCUGCCGCCUCAGGAGCAGCAGAUUGUCCCCACAAUUGCGAAACAGCUGCAGCAGCAAGGGGUACUGAAGGAGGCCCCUUGGAUCUCUUCUUCCUUUCCUGCUGCUGCUGCUGCUGCUGCUGUUGUUGCUGCUGCUAACAGCACCCUUUACAGCAGCAGCAGCAGCAGCAGCAGCAGCAGCAACAGCAGCAGCAGCCUGAGUAUAUCCGCAGACUUCGGCCCGGAUUCCCAAGACUUCUGCAGCAUAGACGACGAGGGGCCCCCAUAUGGGGCCCCCUGGGGGCCCCCUGCCUGUGGGGGCCCCCCUACAGGGGGCCCCCGUACCCAGUUUCUGCGGCGUAGGCCUGAGCGUGUGGUGAUACAAAAAACAAAUAAAGUAGAGAUUGCUACUUUUGCACAUGUAGAGAGCGUUGUUAAGAAAGAAUGCUGGAGAUAUAAUAAAACACAGCAGCAGCAGCAGCAGCAGCAGCAGCAGCAGCAGCAGCAGCAGCAGCAGCAGCAGCAGCAGAGGGGGGAGAAGGGGGAGAAGGAGGAGGAGGAAGAGGAGGAACUGCAGCAGCAGCAGCAGCAGCAGCAGAAGAUACAACGCAGGAUAGGGAAGAGUGGAGGUGCGGUGCUGCAACGCAAACAGCAGAGACAGCAGCAACUGCAGCAGCAACUGCAGCAGCAGCAGCAACUGCAGCAGAAACGACAGCAGCAGCAGCAACAGAAGCAGCCACAGCCGCAGCAGCAGGUGCAGCAGCAGCUGUCUGCGGCGCACACAGCUGCAAGCCGAGCUGUGCUGCAGCAGCAGGAACGACGCGUCUCCUUCCUGCAGCGGCCAGCAGCAAGGCUGCGGGCCUGUGUUGCUGCUGCACCUGCUGCUGCUGGUGCUGCUGCUCCUGCUGCUGCUCCUGCUGCUGCUCGUGCUGCUGCUGUUGCUGCUGCUUCUGCUCCUGCUGCUGCAGCAGGAACCUCUCUUCAAGCUCCAGGGUCUCCUAAGUGGGUCUCGCGUGGCUACGACCCUGCAGAGCAACAGCAGCAGCAGCAGCAACACAAACAGCAGCAGCAGCAGCAGCAGCAGCAGCAGCAGCAGCACAAGCAGCAGCAGCAGCAGCAUAUGCAGGUUAUACCAGACAGCCUAGAAGAUGUGGUCUCGCCCUGCAGCUACGUACCCUAUAUGCCUCGAGGCAGCCGUCUAGGGGGGCCCCCCAAUGGGGCCCCCACGAGGGGGGCCCCCCUGGGGGCCCACCCUAGGGGGGCCCCCUAUGGGGGCCCUACAGUAGGGGCCCCCCUGGGGGCCCCCAGAGGGGGCCCCCAAGGAGGCAUCUAUGAAGAUUAUCCUUUAGAGGGGCCCCUCGAUGACCACGCUGGGGGCCCCCCUGAGCUCCUACUUGGGAGGGGGGCCCCCAGGGGCCCCCCUGCUGUACCCUCUGGGGGCCCCCCCGGGGGCCCCCCUGCUGUACCCUCUGGGGGCCCCUGUGGGGGCCCCCCUGGGGGGCCCCCUGGGGGCCCCUUUGUGUUGGAUGGUUUGAGGAGGUGUGAUUCUCUGUCUGUGCUGAAGGCAGCAAACAGAAUAAAAGAAAUGCAAAUAGAAAAAGAAAAACGCAUGCAACAAACCCUCGUCGCUAUGCAGACACACACAGACUGGACCGAGGACGAAGGAGGGGCAAGCGAAGGAGAAUAG